AUGCUGGAUGAGGCCAAGAGGUGACUAGGGUUGUGUGGCAUGUGAUCAUGCCUCUAGCCUAGGACCUCUGCCAUACACACUACCCAGGUUUGCACACCAGAGAGGUCACUUUGACGCUGCUAAUGCAGCAAAAACAACACAGGAGGCAGCAGUUGCGAGUUACUGGGUUUUCCACAGCCUCAGCAGGCGCUGUGAUUCUCCAGUGGUUUGACUUCACCCCAAAGGCGCACUCCAUUGUCUCCCAAGACAGACAAAUGCUAACAACAGAUCUGCCUCUUGAAUUAAUCUUUCAGGAAACAUAUUUGUUCCUCUGCUCUUGCCCUGCCUUCCUAAUCCACAUCCUUAUAAAAUAACAGCAUGUGUGUUCUGCCUCUCUAAAGCCCUUGAUUUUUUAAAAUGCCAGUUAUUCUGAACAUCUAUGACUUAGUGCAUGAAGAAUCUUGUGUCCUCUAUUAGCCAUUCCUGCAGAAAGAAUCCGGAGCUGAUCAGUGAAACUUCUAAUGAACUGUGAAAAACAGUGGACAUAUUAAAGGGCUUGGGGAUGCUGCCAUGCUCAGGGUCUGGCAAAUUACAGCUGUCUGUGAAAGUACAGUGAUACCUCGGGUUAAGAACUUAAUUUGUUCUGGAGGUCCGUUCUUAACCUGAAACUGUUCUCAACCCGAGGUACCACUUUAGCUAAUGGGGCCUCCCGCUGCUGCCGCCCCACUGCUGUGUGAUUUCUGUUCUCAUCCUGAAGCAAAGUUCUUAACCCGAGGGUUAACGGAGUCUGUAACCCUGAAGCGUCUGUAACCUGAAGCGUCUGCAACCUGAGGUACCACUGUACUGGGCCCCAGAGCAGAUUGGUAUGGCUGUCCAUGACUGGCUUCUGAAUCAAUUGUGUUAUCAUUUUUCUACUACUUGUAUCUCCUCCUGCAUUCUUCUGGUUGGUACGCUAAUUCAGAGGAUAUGUCAAGUUUGGAUAGUGAAAGCCCUUCGGUGAAAGAGGACAAAUUAGGUCAUCUCUAGCCUUACAAAUGGGUUAAACGACAGAGCCUAGGACUUGCCGAUCAGAAGGUCGGCGGUGAGCUCCCGUUGCUAGGUCCCUGCUCCUGCCCACCUAGCAGUUCAAAAGCACGUCAAGUGCAAGUAGAUAAAUAGGUACUGCUCCGGCGGGAAGGUAAACGGCGUUUCUGUGCACUGCUCUGGUUCACCAGAAGCGGCGUAGUCAUGCUGGCCACAUGACCCAGAAGCUGUACGCCGGCUCCCUCGGCCAAUAAAGCGAGAUGAGUGCCGCAACCCCAGAGUUGGUCAUGACUGGACCUAAUGGUCCCUUUACCUUUAGCCUUCUUUCCUGAAUCAAUUCACAGCGAUGUCACAGCCUUUGCUUUGUAGACAGCAAGGAGCUUAACACUUCUGUUUCAGUAAGCAUUGUCAUGUUUUAGGUAGUAUUACAUAACUCAGAAAGGUCUGGAAGCAGAUUUUUCAUGGUAGGAAAUGAGCCACACAAUGAACCAGAAAAGCCACCAAAAGCCACUGUAAACCACUUAUGGUUCAGUUUUUAUGAGUCCAUAAAAACGGGAAACUACUGUGAAGACUGCUUUGUGUCAUGAAUGAAAAGUAAUCCACCAUGAACGCAGUAGGCUCCUCUUUCUUUCAACUCUCCCUUGUGCGAAUCCAUAUACAAGUUAGAGAUUUGUGAGAGGAAGAGUGACUGAUGAAUAAGCAGCCUGAUCUUGGAUUUGCUUGCCAGGAGCGGCCCAUUCUGUUUUGUCACCUGAUGUGAAACAGGAAGGUGUCACCCCAAAAGCCACACUUAUUGGGGUCACACAGCAGCAGUGGCUUCCAGUGAGAUCUCGCCAGACGCCACAGCUGUGCAACCCCAGUGGUGGCAGGAGCAGGUGGGGCACCUAAGGGAGCACCAUGGGAUCCCGCCACUUUAGAUAGCUGCUUCAUCCCACCUCACAGGCAGCCUGGCCCUGAUGCUUGCUGGGAAUAAAUCCCACUGAAUUCCAUGGGGCUGAUUCUGAAAAAAGCAUGUACCCUUCGAAAGAGAUGUGUUUUGCUCCCUACCCCACCCACCUCGUGCCAAUGUUUUGUCUGGUGUCUUCAUUAUACACCUUUAGGCGCCAGGCAAAACUGUUGCCCUUUAACCAGGCUUUUGGCCGAUUGACAUCCAAUGCCCUAUUAUAAAAUGUGUUGGGGAGGAGGACACUUAUUGGGUUCAUUUUGUUAUGUAUUUUGUGUUUUUAUAAUGUGAUUUUAUGUUGCAAACACCCUGAGACCUGCAGGUAUAGGGCGGUAUACAAAUUUAGUAAAUAAUAAUAAUAAUAAUAAUAAUAAGUGCUUUUUCUCCAGGGCACGCAGUACUGGUACCUCUUUUUGUGGUUAAAAAGUGUGGCACAUACUGUAACAACUGCCUCUUGAGUACCGGCACCUAUUUUUCUAGAGGGGAAAGCACUAAUAAUAAUAAUAAUAAUAAUAAUAGACGAAAAGGCAGAAGACUGUGGUAAAUGACAAGUUUCUGUCUUUCUUUCAAUAUCUGGACCAGCAUAUUUGCUCUUAAGUUGAAAAGCGGCACUCAAGUUGCCGAAAAAGGUGCUUCUGGUUUUUCGUUUUUCUUUAAUUAAGCAGUGGUGGCAAAGGCGUGUAGGGGUGGGUGUGUAUGUAUCACAAUUAGGCAACAACCUACCACAACUCUUCCCCUCACCCCGACAACGGCGGCGGCAAACUUGGCUCCCCGCGUCGACUCUUGUUAAUCCUUACCUUUUUUGCCUGCCUAGCCCUAGCGAGACCUCCUAGGCUGUGACCUCUGUCAGCCUCCAGAGGCCGCUAUCGCGCCUUUCCCCACCCGACUUCCGCGAGGCGCUCUCGCCGGCUUCUCUCGCUGGUUCCCGGGGAAGGCGCUCCGAGAGGAGGCGGGUGCGGAAGUGGCUGGCACGGGCAGGAGAGCGUCAGCAGUUCCGCUGGAGGGGCGGGGGAGAGGUGAGUGAGGUGAAGGGAUAGCGGGAGGGAGGGGGGAUUCCUAGACGGGACACCCCCUGGCCGCCCGCUGCGUUUUGGGGACGGCUCCCUUCGCGCCCUUUUUCUUUCGCUCUUUUCAGUGCAGCAGCCCCGUAAUGCUGCGUGUCUGAGCCCCACGCCCACAUUGCUUGCCUGCCGUGUUGGACGGCAUAGAGGGAGGCGGAGGCAGAGCGAGGCGAGGCUGCUGACCGUGGGAGCCACGCGGGCGUAUCCCGCCCCAGCCCUGGAGUUGGCGGCGUGGGGAACGUGUCUGCCGCGUGUGCAGGGGGAGCCUCUUGCGAGAGGUCCAAAGGGCAAAGAUGGUGGGGUGCGAGGGGUGGGGGAGUAGGGUUGCCACCUGUCCUAUUACAAUGCAGGAUUAUCCCGUAUUUAAAGGAAAAAAUGCUGCGUCCUGUAUUGAUAAAAGAGUUUUGUCCAGUAUAUCAGGUCUUCUCAAACACUCUCUCCAAAUGCACGUGUUUGGAAGGGUGUGUGAAAGGUCUAGGGAGCCAAGCACAGAUUUGCAAAUCCGUGUGUGCAAGUGUGACAGAUUCCAGAGGGGUCAUCCUGUUAGGCUGCAACAGAUUGUAAUAGAUUGCUUUGAAGUCACUUCAGCACCAGAUGAAAAAAAAAGUUGCCCUGCCCUGUAUUUUGCCAGAACAAAGGCGGCAACCCUAGGUGGGGAGAGUGGAGGUGUGACUUCUUUGCCCCAGUUUUGCCCUUGGCACAUUGAGUUGGCCAGGAGGAGUUGUUAGCCUAGGCAUGGGGCCCCCGCCCCACGGCUUUUUAUUUCUUGCUGACGUUGGCUCUCUGCAUUUAAACAUUUCGUAGUCUGGUAGAGAUGGAAACAGGUGUGAUUUCCCCCACUGUGGAGAUGCAGAUGGUGUGGGGGAGGGGGAGGAAAGCCACCUGCCAGAUUUCCAUGCAUGUCCAUGAUCUUAUCAGGGAAGUCAGAGAAAAGGUGCUGAUGCUGCAACUCUAUAAAGGGAUUAGAAAUUGAUCUUUCUGUGAGGACCACAUCCUCAUAUUUUGCUCUGUCCUCCCAAAAAAGGAAACCCCAGGCAAGGCUUGGGAGAUGGCAGGGUUGAUUCUGUGUGGCUGGAGUUACAGUGCCUCCAUUUUCAGUGAUAUUCCCAAGUGCACUCAUUUGGACUUUACCAUCCAAGUGGCCAUUCAUUCAUAUGGGGAAAUGUGGUGAGGGAGAAAACUGCCCACUGGUUUGGCAUUGGGUGCUGUGGCCCUUGCUAAGGGGUCCCCCUCCCCCAAGUGUGGUAUAAUGAUGCAUGGUACACAACUAUGGGGGAUCUUGCAGUAUGUGUAUUUAAUUUGUGCUGUGGUCAGGGUUCACCUUCCACAUGUUGGUUGGUGUAUGUUGCAAUUAUGUUAAUGAUAAGGAGGUCUUCUACUAUGGUCAAGUGGGUCUCUUUACAGUCUCAGAUGUCAAGUGCAAGGUCUAUGCUGCAAAUCUUUCCUCUGCUGCUAAGUGUAAAUUUCAGCAGUCUUGGCAAUGGUCCAAAGGCAACUGAGCGCCAUUGUGACCCUCUUUCCUUUUGACCUAUACCUCCUUUUAACUUGUACUUUCCAGCUGAGCAGGAAAGUCACGUCACCUCAACCAUUUCCCACUGGCAAUUAAAAUAAUAAUAAUUCUGACCUGUUUCUUUAUUAUUGAGAAUUGGGUGCACUGCUUAAGAGUGUCCCAAUAUGAAGCUAACCAAAGUACCAUAUUUUUCGCUCUAUAGGACACACUUUUUCCCCUCCAAAAAUGAAGGGGAAAUGUGUGUGCGUCCUAUGGAGUGAAUGCAGGCUUUCGCUGAAGCCUGGAGAGCGAGAGGGGUCGGUGCGCACAGACCCCUCUCACUCUCCAGGCUUCCGGAAGCUAUCUGCAAGCCUUCGGAGCGCGGCGGGAGUGCCGGCCGGGCUCCGAAGGCUUGCGGAUAGCAGCCUGCAGCCCGAAGCCCAGGGAGCGCUGCGCAGCGCACCCCGGUCUUUGGGCAGCUAUCCGCAAGCCUUUGGAGCCCGCGGGAGUUCCCGCCGGGCUCAGAAGGCUUGCGGAUAGCAGCAAGCUCCAGGAGCGGAGGCGAGGUUGCGAGCAACCUCGCCCCCGCUCCUAGACCGUUCUGGGGGCUGGGGUCGGGGGAAGCUUGGGCUUCCCCCGCCCCAGCCCCGCAGCUAAAAAGGAACCAAGACAGCCAGCGGGAUCCAUCCCGCUGGCUGUCUUGGCUUUUUUGCUCUUGGGGGCUGGGGGGGGGAUAAUUUUUUUUCUUUAUUCCCCCCCCCCCCCAAAAAAAACCUAGGUGCGCCCUAUGGUCCAGUGCGCCCUAUAGAGCGAAAAAUACGGUAAGUACUGUGGGGCUUGCUUACUAGUGAGUAUGUAGCCUUAAUCUUUUUAUCUCUCUAGGAACACAAGGAUAUUCACCAGGCUCGUUGGGAGACUGCUCUAUUGAAGAUUAUGGCAAAAUCUGGAGGAAAAGGAGUGAAUCUAAAAGACAAACUGGAGGGCAAUGAGUUGGACUUGAGCUUGUGUGACCUGAAUGAGGUGCCAGUGAAAGAACUGGUUGGUAUCUCUGUAGAAUAAGCCAAAUAAUUCUGUAAUACUUUGUAGCCUGCAUAAACGUACAGGUUCUUGUAAAAUGGUAAACUGGUUAAUCUGUUGAUUCGCCAGAAUUUUAAUAUGUACUUUAAAAAAUAUGCUUUCAACUACAGUGAUCCAUGCGACGGUCACCUCCAGGCUUGACUACUGUAAUUCGCUGUACGUGGGGCUGCCCUUGAAGCUGUCCCAGAAACUCCAGCGGGUGCAGAAUGCUGCAGCGAGGCUCCUCACGGGGUCUCUGCCAGGAGAGCAUAUUCACCCAGUGCUUUUCCAGCUGCACUUGCUCCCCGUGGAGUUCAGGGUCAGAUUUAAGUUACUGGUUUUGACCUUUAAAGCCCUUCACAGCCUAGGACCCUCGUACCUACGGGACCGCCUCUCCCGGUAUGCCCCACGGAGAGCCUCAAGGUCCAUAAAUAGCAACACCCUAGUGGUCCUGGGCCCUAAGGAAGUUAGAUUAACUUCAACCAGAGCCAGGGCCUUUUCAACACUGGCUCCGGCCUGGUGGAACGCUCUGCCACAUGAGACCAGGGCCCCCCACCCCAGAAAAUAGGAAACAAAUUGAUAAUGGCCAUGUAGGCAGAAAGCUUUACCUAGCAGGACAACAGUCUACUUAAAAGACAAAAAUAAUUUGUUCCUAAUUCAUUUGACAAAACUUGUAAUGAAAUACAGUGGUGCCCCGCAAGACGAAUGCCUCGCAAGACGGAAAACCCGCUAGACGAAAGGGUUUUCCGUUUUGGAGGUGCUUCACAAAACGAAUUUCCUAUGUGCUUGCUUCGCAAGACGAAAAUGUCUUGCGAGUUCCUGCGGGGGUUUUUUUCCUUCCCCCCCCCUUUUUCCCAAGCCGCUAAACCGCUUAUCAGCUGAUGGCUAAGCCGCUUAACAGCUUAUCGUUAAGCCGCUUAUCAGCUGAUCCUUAAGCCGCUUAUCAGCUUAUAGUUAAGCCGCUUAUCAGCUGAUCCACUAAGCCCGCUAAGCCGCUAAUACUGUAGCACUAAUCCGUUAAACCGCUAAUGGGCUUGCUUCGCAAGACGAAAAAACCCGCAAGACGAAGAGACUCGCGGAACGGAUUCUUUUCGUCUUGCGAGGCACCACUGUAUAUAAAUCAGCAUCAACAUGGAAGUGUAUGUAUGAUAAAGAAGCAUUUAGGAAAUAUAGCUAGUUUAGUUAAUAGCAAUUGUGGGAGUUUGGUCCAUAUUGUGGCAGAUGUAGAUAUUCUGAAAACUCCCAUUUCUAGAAUAAAGGUCCAUGGUGUGAUACUAACAUUUCAUAUGCCAAUAGUCACUGUUAAAAUGUGUAUUGUAGACAAAUGAUAGAUCUAUGUUACAAUCCUAACUACACAUGCUAGGAAGUUAAGCCUCAUUGGUCAAGGCAGGACUUGCUUCUGAGGAAACAAGCAUAGGAUUUCACUGCUAAUUUGGUUCUUUGAUUCUUUUUCAGGCAGGGCUUUCCAAGGCUACCAUUUUAGAUUUGUCCUGUAACAACCUUACUACUUUGCCAGUAAGUUUCAACUGUAUCCCAUCUACAAACUUUUUAUAUAGAAACAUGUAUAAUAAUACAAUCUCAUCCUACUCUUUAAUGCAGAAGGUGGACUGUAGGAUGAGAUUGCAUUAUUAUUUAUUAACGUUUGUACUACUUAAGAGGGUGGGACUGUAUACAUUUUUUAUACAUACCACCUAAUGUAGUAAUAGCUGUAGUUCUCAUAUCCCCUGGUAAGAGUGAAUGUUGAUGCCACAGUCACUAGAAGGGCAAUUUUGGCCAAUGACGUAUUGUAAAAGAUAGAUGCAAGUACAGCUACUUUCAGAGAGCACAGAUACAAGUUUUGAUGGCAGAUACUUUCAUCUCAAAGUGGAUAAAUAAUGAUGCGUAUCUUUGAGUUACAGGUCUCUCUGCCAGGGUGUUGGGGAGAGAUUGAUACUAAGGGGCUUUGCGGAUAAAGGGUAGAACUGAAGGAACAAUGGUUUGUUGUCUCUUUUCCCUUAGAAGAUGCUUUGUGUGUAUCUUCCUCUACUUGCAGGCCUAAGAUUAGAGGGAAUGGCUCCACGUGAAUAGCUUGGGUGAGAGACUGGGCAUCCGUAGGUCUUUGGAAAUCCUUAACCGUAUCUGUAACUGCUCAGCUUGCUAAAUGCCUCAGCUUUGGGUUAAGAAGGUGGUUGGACUCUGUUUCACUUGUGUUUUUGGUUGCAGUCAGAAUUCUGCAGCUUGACCCACCUGGUGAAAUUGGACCUUAGUAAAAACCAGCUUCAGCAACUGCCUUCGGACUUUGGUCGCUUGGUCAACUUGCAACACCUGGACCUUCUGAACAAUCGAUUAGUUACCUUGCCAGUCAGUUUUGCACAACUCAAGGUAACGUUUUCACUCUCCAACUCGUGCAUUAAGAAAGACAUUGAGCUUCAGCUCAGAACGUUUUUGAGAUUUAUCUGAGGCUUACUUCCCUGGUGGAAAUCAAAUGUUCCUGGUGGCAGAGAGGUGAAAGUUCAAAUCUUUAUUGCCAUUUAUGCAGCUGCUGGCUCUGGAGAAACCUUGGUAGUUUGAGCAAGCUCUUGGCAAAAUUUAUUUACCUCUGCAUGUGUGAUAGUAUUGAAUGGCUGUCUAUUUAUGGUUUGAUCUGUUAGAACAGCAUUUCUCAAUCUGUGUUCCAUGGGGUUCCCCGUGAAUGAAAAAAGUUGUAAUGGCAAACAAGCAUGCACUGUGUAUUUCACUCAAGCAGUCGUCCUGGGAAUCCUUAUCCCUUCUUUCAUUUUCUUGCCAUGCCUUCCAGGGGUUAAACCAAUAGCAGUUGGUGGAGUUGCUUACCUGGCUUCCCAAUAUACCUGGACAUAAUUUUCCAUUCCGUCUUUUUGUUUUGCUGGUUUUUGUUAAACUUGGGGGGGGGAGUUAAUAAACUUGUUUUUUUUUUUCCAAAAAGAGAAAAUCAUGACAAAUGAUUUGGUCUCUUUUUCUCUGCGUUUCCCUUUUUCAGAACCUGAAGUGGCUGGAUCUGAAGGACAACCCUCUGGAGGCUGCCCUGGCGAAGGUAGCUGGAGAUUGCUUGGAUGAAAAGCAAUGUAAACAGGCUGCCACCAGGGUAAAGCAAUUUAUUCUCAGUUACUUUCCUUAUCUAUUCGGCUGACUGUUUGUAUUUAUUCUCUCAUGAAUUUUUAUGCAUCCCAGUCCAAGGCUCAACUUGCGUCAUAAACCAAAGAUAAAAAAAUAAACUCUAAACCUAAAAAGAAAUGCACAAAUGAAAUCUGCAUUCCCAUUUUGAGGCCUAUAUAUAUAUAUAUAUAUAUCUCUAAUAAAAUUUAAAUAGUUUUGCUUUACCGUUAUUGAUGUUAACCUUACCACACUGCUAUAUACAUUUGGACUAGAAAUACCAAAUUGGCUCAGAGCUUGUAGUGGGCAACAUGGGAGGAAUGUGGAACACAUAUUUUUACAUGCAAGCAUUAGGGUAAUCAGAGUAGUACACUGUUGCACUGGUAUCUAUAUUCAGGAUGGUGUUUUGGGUAUGGGAAGAGAUGUAUGUGUUGUUGUUAGGUUGCUAAUCUGAAUACCACAUCUGCCUUUUUUACUCACUGGUAUUCAAGAGCAAACAGAGAGGAAACUCCCUUUUUUGAAAGGCCAUGUAUUAGCAAUUAACUUGUUGCUAGUUUUUAGGGGUUGGUGCCCUGUGCUGGCUUGCUUCAUUCAUCUGGAAUUAGCUCUGCAGACAUCCCUUGUUUUUGAUAGGAUUGGUCCUGUCUUUGGGUAACGAGGGCGCUGGACUACACAGCACUUGAAUUUUCUAAUUCUGUAUAAGUGGUCAGAAAGACAGCUCUUCUCAAAGGCAGGUUGGCCAAAUCAACUGAACUUUCAUAAACGUCUUUCCUUAGUUUGCCUUGGUUGUAUAUUAAAUAAGAUGCUGUUACAGUGGUACCUUGGUUCUUGAACGGCUUAGCUGCUGAACAAAUCAGCUCCCGAAUGCUGCAAACCCGGAAGUAAGCGUUCUGGUUUGGGAACGUUUUUGGGAAGCCAAACGUCUGACGCGGCUUCCACUUGAGUGCAGGAAGCUCCUGCAGCCAAUCAGAAGCCAUGCCUUGGUUUUCGAACAGUUUUGGGAGUCAAACGGACUCCCAGAACGGAUUAAGUUCAAGAACCAAGGUACCACUGUACAUCCCUUAUGCUGGUUGUGGCUUCUCCCUGCUUCUUGUAAUUGUGAAAGCUAAUCACACGUCUUGAAUCUCAAAAGGUACUGCAGCAUAUGAGGGCCAUCCAAUCUGAGCUGGAUCGUGAGAAGGAACGAAAACUACAGUUAGAGCGAGGUAGGCUUAGUAACCCUAGUUCUCUUUCCAUGCCCCAUAAAUCUGCUCUGGGGGGCUGGAGGAACCCCCAGAACAUGUUUGGGUGGCAUGCAUGGGGAGGAGGGGGAAGUCUUGUUGCGACGAGUGGACCACAUUCCCGACACACAAGCCCCACUAAAUUCCACCCUCAGUAUCUCCCCCCACCCAACUGCCGGGAGCCCAUUUCACAAGACUCUUAUCAUGUGACCGUCGGGGAGGGGAAAUGAUUAACCUGUGAUGACCCUUCACCUUAGAAAUGAUCACAUGAAUCAGUUCUCUGUCACUAAGUUUAUACUUAGUCUUGCAUUUAAAAAAUAAUGUAAUUGAAAUGGAGACUUGUACAUAUUACGAGCAUUAUCCUGGAAUCAUUUCUGCUGUUAUGAGUUGUGGUUCUUCCAGCUUUCCAUUUGCUGUACUUUCGUAGGCACAUUAUCAUCCAGUCUAUUUGAAGCCAUGUCGUCAUUGCCCAGAAAUUGGAUUAGAUUAUCUUCAAGGCCAUUCUAUCUCUCUACGCCUAUCCUAUCCUUUUAAACAGAAUAAACAGUUUCAGAGGCAGAUGUUGGUUUAAACCCAGGUCAGACCCAGUUCGUAUGCAAAGUGGAGGGUGGCAGGGAGAGGUCUGAGCUUUGGAGCAAAAGGGUGUCUGGAUUUAGGAGAGGUGAACUCCUGUCCUUGCUCAGUGCCUGCCACCCUGCAGCUUCUUCAUAGCCAAACCCCGAUACCACAAGAGAGCAAACCUUGGGGGAAAUAAUGGAAAACGGAGGGGGAGUUUAGCACUCCUCAGCCACGUGUCACAUGAUCCCCGUUUCACAUGUGAUUGGGGAGAACUAUGUAUUUCAUCCCCCUUGCUUGUCCCUCCAACACUUGCAUUUUGGGUGUAACCCUCCACAACACUAAUGAACUCAACCAAAAUUUCCCAGGCGCCACUUCUGUCGUUCAGGUGGAAAUUGGUUCAUAAUUCCAAUCAGUAAUCUGGUGCUACACAACCUUUAAACACGUUUAAACAACGGGCAGUACCUUUGGUCACAGUCACUAAAUGAUUCUUUGGUAUUACUUCUCUUAGCACACUGAACCGGGUGAUGCAUUUAAUAUUUUCCUGUUGUGAUCAGUGAAGAGAAACUGCUGCCUGUACUGGAUGUACUUACUCCCUGUACAGUCGUACCUUGGAAGCUGAAUGGAAUCCAUUCCGGAAGUCCAUUUGACUUCCAAGGUGCGGCUUCUGAUUGGCUGCAGGACGUUCCUGCAGCCAAUCAGAAGCCCCGCCGGACGUUUGGCUUCCAAAAGAAUGUUCGCAAACAGGAACACUCGCUUCCGGGUUUGCGGCGUUUGGGAGUCAAAAUGUUUGACUGCUAAGGUGUUCGUCAACCAAGGUACGACUGUACCUUUACAGUAUUAAAUUCACCCGUUCAGCAUGACAAUAGGCCUUACAGGGUGCAAAACACAGGAGAUUCUUAAAGCACCUUGCAGCUGCAGCUUUCCUCCUUUGCGGGGUCAGGGCAGCAACCACUGCCACAUUAUUGUACCAGAUGCAGAAGUAAACGAUGGAAGUGUUUUCUAGAGCGCAUGAACAUUUUCUGUUUGUACGGUAUACUCAGAGCUGGAGAAGAAGCGUGAAGCAGAGCAGCGAGUGAGGGAAGCCCAAGAGAGGGAACUCCGGAAGCGGGAAAAGGCUGAAGAGAAAGAACGGCGAAGGCGGGAGUAUGAUGCUAUGAGAGCGGUAAAGCAGGAAAUGGCAAAACAAUCAAGGAAAGAAAAAGACGAGAAUCCAAGUAAGUUGUUUGUUGUUGUUGUUGUUGUUGUUAUUAUAUUAAAAAGUAUGUGUAAGAGGGAGAAAUAAUGGAAACCAAGAGUAGAUAGCUUUGGGUUUUUUUAAAAAAAACCCUUACAAAACUUACCUUAAUUAAACUUCAUAAAUUGGCAAAGCAGCAGGUCUGUAGCUUGGGAGUACUCCUGGUUCCAACUUUGCUACCAGAGGCUCAGUGGGCCUUGGGGACUAGGAAUGUUUAUUUUGAGCCCAGGCUAGUUUGCCAGCAAGGGUCCCUUUUGGACAGACAUGAUUUCCCCACUACACCCCAUGCUCUGGUAAAUUCCAGAUUGGAUCAUUGCAAUGGCCUUUACAUGGGACUGCUCUUGAAGAUGACUCACAAACUUCAAACAGCUCCAAUGCAGCUGCUAGAGUUCCUUUUAGAGUUGACGUAUAUCCUGUUCUGAAAGCCUUGCUUCGGCUGCCUGUUCAUUUUGGGGCCCAAUUCAAAGUGCUCGCAUUGGUGUUUAAAGCCCUAAAUGACCCAGGUUCCAAAUAUCUGAAAGAAGCCUCCUUCCUUACAGAACUCCCGCUGGGUGUUAAAAUAAACAGAAGGGGCCCUCUUGGUCAUUCUGACACCCUCUGGUGGUUUUUUUUUUUUUUGGCAGGGUGGCUGCUGGGAGAGGGCAUUUUCUAUAGCAGCCCUUAUGCUUUAGAACUCCCUCCCCACAGAGUUGCGCCUGGUGCCUUCAUUGUAUAGCUUUUGUCGUAUGUUGAAGCCACACUUCUGUACCUUGCGGCCUUUAACACCUGGGAUUUAUUUUUAAAAUGUACACACACACACCCAUUCUUAUGAUUGUAAAUUGUUUUAACUGAUUUUAAAGUGUUUUUAUAACGUUGUACAACUGCCCUGGGACCUUAUGGGGAAGAGUGGGUAAGAAAUUGAAUUAUUGUUGUCGUUAGAUCUUGCAAAUUUUGCGUUGUCACCUGGUUAAUAGUUAGGGCAAACCCAAACCAUGUUUGGGCAUCAUUUAGAUGCCAACAGUAGCCUCUGCUACUAUUAAGAAUGUUGCCCGCAUUUACAGAGCUUGUGGAGACGGGGUUAGUCAGCCUGUUAAAGCAGAGUAAAUAAAUUCUCAUUCUUUGCCCGUUCUUUGUUUCUGCAGAGGCCUCGCUUUCCCAUCCAUCCCACCCACCCCAACACAAACGGUCCUGGUCCAGAGUCCUAUUGAAGAUGCUGCUGUUCUUGCUGCUUGGUGCCCUCAGUACUCUGGCUGUCUGUAAGGUUACAGAGCUGCAGCACCAGCCUGUAUGCGUCCGUGUGAACAUGCUCUAUGAGGAGGCGCUGUCUCUUUUGCAAAGCCGUGAAAUCCUUCGGAACGUACUGCAGCCGAACACCCAGCAGUCCUGAAGGACUCUUCCCCUUGCCAGUACCACCUCCUGCUGGUUUAUUGUUUUUGGUUUUUUUUGCAUCAGCGCAGCCAGGAUUCCUAUGGAAUUAAGCUCUGGUGGAAAUUGCCUUCAGCCAUUCAACGCUAGGUUUGGUGGCCAAAGUUCAAACAGCGCCAAACCACUUGCCCGGGUUGCUUCGCUUCAAUUGCAGUUCCUGCGGUAAACCAGAAUUUAUUGCCAUUCCCUUCCUCCAUAGUGGAUCCUUUCCUGGGCUGCAAAAUACAGACUUGCUGGUCUGUAUGCAAGCGAGGAGAGACAGUACCCUUAGUAGCAGCCUUGCUAUGAGAAGUGAUACCUAUUUUUGUCAUCUUAAGAAGUUUUUGUAUAUGUUGUCUCUGAGUGUUACUGCUAUAGCAAAUACGUGCUCACUUUGGAAACAACUACUGUACACAGGAGGACUGAAUGUAUUCAUUCAGGGGGGAGUGGAGUCAUGGUUCAGGUUAGCUUUCGUAUAGGCAUAUGUAAUUUUUCUAAGCAGCUUGAUGUUGGAUUUGUAGGUGGAAACUGGUGGUUGUGGAAUGUAAAGACAACCUACCUAAAGUAUGCUGUUUUUCGAAAACGCAUAUCUACAUCCACAUCUGCCAAUACCUAAUUCUUCUCUCCCCAGAUAUUUGUAUACCAGCCAAUGGAAGUUUUAUCAAAGUAUUGUGAAAUCUGCACCCAAAGUUUAGCAAGUAACACGUCAUUUCAUUAUAUAUAUUUUUUGCUUUUUACAUUUUUGAAUUGGUUAAAAACAAACAAACUGGGUGCAGUUUCUGUGUCCUUGUGCCUAAGUGCUUUUUCCUGUUGUAUCUUAGCUUGACGGUCUGUGCUCCUGAACAUACGACGUUAUUCCUUAGUGUGAGUUACCUGAGAAAGUUCUCUACUCAACUGUACUUUCCCCGUUUGCUUGUUUGAGCAGGUAGCGAAUAAGCAACACAUUUGCCUUAUCCUCUGCCAUUGUGCAAAGGAUCUAGUGUGGCGCACAGAUCCUGCCUGCUACCCUUCUGUGUCCUGCUGGGUCAGCUUAGAGCACGAGUACCUCUCUUGCUCAGGCAGCUUCCACUACUGUAACUAACAGCUUUACCAGCUGUUGAAAUUACUUCCUAGAUUAUAUCUGGCAAACCCAGCAGCCUCCCUAGGGUAAAACCUCACCAAAUCCAGUGAAACCUCCUGAGUAAAUACACGUAAGAUCAGAAUGGAAGUAAUUUGUGCAGAGUCUAAAAAACCAGAGGAGAAGCAGAGCUCUAGCAUCUGCUAGUAGUGUAAUUGAAUCAAUAGCUAUAUAGCACUAUCCAUGGGCAUGUGCUUUACAGAGCGCAAGUCUCUCCUGGGCUGAGAGCUUGCAAGUUAAAAUUAGUCACAGGAGAAACAGCAGAUGAAAGUGGAGGUGGGGUAAGCAGGGAGGAAGAAGGGUGAAAUUCUGCUAACUUAAAAUGAGAGACUUUGUUCAGGUGGGGCAUAUGGACAAGGGGAUUGCACAAAAAAGGCUUCAUGGAAAAAGUGGGCCUUGAAGCGGGAUUUGAAGUCACUGACGUCAUCCCAGGGCAGCAAGGACAGAGGGAUUAGAGGACUUUUUGGUAGCUGAGAGUGGUGGAGAUGCAACUUGAGAUUUCUUUCCUGUAGCAAAUUCCCGUAAAGCAUUUAAUAUGUAAAGUUACAUAACCCACAUGCACAGUUCUAGUCAAAUAGACAUCCGUUACAUAGUUUGUGCUUUUAAGGAGAUUUAGGUUCUUAUAACAACAGAAAAUUAAAAAAAAAUGAACGAAUAGGACAUAGCUAUGAGUAAAUCAAUAUUCUGUUUCUAUUUUGGCACAUGGGCACCUCUUACGUUCAAGUCUGAGUUGUUGAAGCCCAGCCUCUUUAGCAACGUUUAAAAUUAAUUUGACAAAUUUCUGAAUAACGUUGGUGUAGAACAAGCACUGCCCAUCUCCUCUUGAGCAUCCUUGUCUGUCCUGAGUAGUAAGGGGGUAGAUGCAGAGUGCCAGGGGUUGUGCCCUGGGUUUUCUUUCCAAGAUUGAUAAAAGAAUUGCAACUCAGUCAUUCCUGGUUAGCCAAGAAAUACUUGAUUGCCUAAUAAGGACUGUUGCAGGAAUAAAGGGGGGGGGGAUAGGAGUCCUUUUUGGGUCCCAAGCAGCGACGCAUUUGAUAUUUUCAGAAAACAUUUAGUGUUAACAUUUCUUCCCGCUAUUAAAAAAAAAAUUUAACAAAGUUUUUACUUAAAAUACAUAGUUCCGCAUCACCCAGUAGCAUCCAGGGAAAGGUCAGGGUUAUGGGAAGUCAUCUGCAGAUAAAUCCGUUUGGAUAGCUCUGGGCCAACCCGCCUUGUAGUAGCUGUCACCCCAUCGCCACGGCGGACAGGUAUCUCUGCAAGGAGGUUGUGCCGCUCCUGUAGAGAAGGGCGGGUGUCAUAGGCCUAAAUGUAACACAGAAAUAACGUUACACGUCACAAAAUGCGAUAUAUGAAUAAACUUGCCGAAUCAGUCUAAGAUUGGUUUACUAAAGAAGCCAAGUAUGUGCCAUAGAGCAGCUGGCCAAUAUAGCCAGCCUGAAGUUACAUUCACUUUUCCCCCGGAGAUGAUUUAUCCACCUACAACCCCAUCGCUGGGGCAGUUUUGCAACAUUGGAUAAUUGCACUUCCCAUAGUAAGUUUGUAGUCUCGAUAAGAGAGCAGUUGGCCGAUUGAUCCUUUAGCUAGUUACUCCUAGCCAAAGCUUCCCAUUGCCUGCUCUCCUCCCCACCACCACGGUUACAGGUUUCCUAUGAGCCAGGCUUUGUGCAGCCGUGCAAAUAACUCAAGUGGCAAUCAGCCACUCCCCAAGCCCACUGAAUACAGCGUGAGCAGUUCUGUUACUGAGAGACUGAAAAAACUGGGAGAAGUUGUAUACUCUUGGGGGAUGGUGGAGAUCUGAUGGAGGACUCCUGAGUUAGAGACAGGGGAAUGUCAGUCUCUCAGGGUGAGAGGUUGGGAGGAGCUACUGUCCUCUGUGGGUGGUAAGGGCCAAGAAUUACUUUUAAUGAAGAGAGGACUUUGUAAUUUCGCUUACUCAAUUUGUAUCUUCUGUAGUAAUUUUACUGUAUUAUGGGAAAAUCUAAAUAAAAAGAACCUUGAAAACAAAA